GAAUAUUAUGAAAGCACUCCCUGUUGAUUUAACGGAGAAAUCUAAGGUCGUAGGUACUAAGGGUGGAUACCAAACGCUAGAUAGUUUUCAGUAUAUAAUGCAGGAGUUUCUAUACCCACGUCUCCUGUGUUCUGAGGCAGGUAGACAUCUCGAUACAUAUUAUCGAGAGAUGGAUGGGAAUGCACUUCAAAAAAAAAUACAUCUUGUGUAUGGAUGGGGCGUCUAUGCAUGAAAUGAAUGAGAGUAUAUCACUCCGAAUAUGGAGCCGUGAGCGUCGUAUGGUAUGGUUGGUGCAAGUGAUGCAUGCCACUAACCUAACACAAAUGCUGGACAGGCUGGGUUUCCGUCAACUAAAAGGUGUGAGGACUCAUAUUCUAUACAAAAAAAAGCGAUCGAGUUGGAUAGGCUCAGUUAUCCUGGAACUGAUGUUAUGAUUGAGACAUACAAGCAAACAAUCGAACAGUUCAAGCCAUUCAGUAGGUUGACGCCGGACAUGUGGGGCUAUGCCACUUUCCAACAAACAUUCGAGGCAAUUAUUGCAACACACAAAAAGGCUUACCCGGAGGAGCGUGUUAUGAGACUUUUGGGUCCUUCCAUUUUACGACAAUUCAGAACAGAGGUCUUUCAAACAUCAUGGGCCCAAGUUUGUGUUUACAGUGAUGCCCAGCAACCCUUGGGUAUGCGCUUAGACCCGAAGCAGGUUAUUAAGCAGCCGCUUGUGCAAAGGAACAUCAUCACCAAUGCAACCCACGAACGUAGUGCCAAGAAACAGCAGAACGCCGUAGAGAAUGCCGUAGCACAAGUUGUACCAAACGCAAUCGUAACGUGGUCGCCAGAUGAACAAUGGGGGUUACGCUCAGAACUUCUCUGCCGAGAAAUGUAGACAGUUAGAGGGCAAGUUCGAGCGAGUACCAACAAGAGUUCCAGUGCAGGCCUCUAUGAGCAUUGUGACCAUGAUCGCCAGUGUGCUUGAAGAUCGCGCACGAUUCAAAGCACAUCAGGACAAGAAGGAUAAAUACAUACAUCGUAAUAUAUCAGAUAAUUAAACGUUAAGGGAGGAGCAGGCGGAGUAUGAGAAAAGUGCAGCGGACAAUAUCGAAAAGGGCAGGAAGAAGAUAAACCGCAAGGUUGAAACCAUGUACGAAGACCAGGAAAGGGUCGAGAAUGCCCUGAAAAUAUAGCAAAGUUGACAACACCCCAGGAACGCAUUAUUGCUAAAAUAGACGCAUGCACAAAUACAUGACCGUGAGAAGGAGAUACUCGAGAAUGAUCUCGGACAAAACAGAAGAAAAAAGUAUGCGACAAGAGAGCGCGGGCCAAGAAAUUAACGACACUAUGAAUGACCGACUACAUAAACUUCUGCAGUGUGAUGGCGAGGUUGCCCUCGGGGAGGGGGACGAAUCUGAGCUGCAGAUGAUGAUCGAUCGUCUGAAGCGCGACUUCAAAGGGGCAACUGCAUCCCCAGAGUGUAUGGCUACCAAUAUACACAUAUAUUCAUUGCAAGCACACACAUAAACAACUAUGUAUACACAAAAAAUCUUGCCAAACAAUUUGAAGGCGUCGAUGGGGUCAAAUGUUAGCUUGAAAUUAUUGUAUAGUCGUAGCUUUUUGUCGAAAAAUCACAGAGCAAACUCAAAUUACAAUUUCCACUGAUUUCC